AUGAGCCGCGGCAACAAGCGCGCCAGGGCCCGCAGAGCCAAGCGCAACACGUACAGGCGCAUGCGCGACGCGGACGCCGAUGCCGCGGCGGAGCAGCGGCAGCUCCGCGAGCUGGACGCGCUCGAGCGGCAGCUGCUCGGGCGCCAGCUCAGCGUCGGCGGCCUCAAUUACACCGCGGGCGCCCCCAGCAUCCAGCGGUUCUUCGAAUCAUUGGUGGCUGGUGGCGGGGGCGCCGUGCUCGGGGUGCACCAUAAUGAGGAGAAGCCAGGCCUCGCCAUCGUCGAGAUGGACUCUGACGCGGCAGUCCAGCGGGUGCUGGCCCUGGCCAGCAGCGCGCGGCGGCGCGGGGUGCUGCCGGCGCCCGGCGACGUCGGCUACAGAGGCUCAGUCAGGGUGUCCCCCGCGCGCCCUGCACGCGGGCAGCUGUACGUAACCGAUGAGGGCCAGAUGCAGCUCGCCAUCACAGAGGCGCGUGUGGGCUGCCUCGUGCCCGGCAUUGGUGGCCGGGACGCGUUUGUGUCAGAGUUCAUUGCCGCUGGCUCCGUAGAGCUCACGAUCAGCCUCGCAGAGCGGUGCCUCAUCCUCACCGCGCGCAUGUCGGCUGGGGACCGCCGCCAGCAGCGCCUUGUGUCGCAGUUCCGGCAGCUGCGCGGCCGCCUGCGCCUCGACCGCGCCGGCCACUCCCUGACGUUCAGCCUCAAGGCGCCGCCAGAGGUGCUGCAGGCCGACAGCGCCCACCCCGGCGGCUGGGCGCGGAUGGGGGAUCCAACAAAGGGGCAGCUGCUGGGCAGCUGCCUGACAUUCAAGCUCGCCCUGUCGGCUGCGUCUGCAGCCGCGCUCGACAACGACGCGGUGGCCCGACUGCAGCACUUCGGCCUGCUGCUGCCCGGCCCGCCCGCCCACGCCGCCGCUGCGCCCCAGCCGCGGGUUUUCGAGGCGGCCGGCUGGCCGUGGCGCAGCGACGGCCUGCAGCAGCAGCAGCUGACAGAGCUGCCCUUCACAGUGGCAUUCCAGGGGCUGGUGCUGCUUUCCUCGGGCCUCGCUUCGAAGUGGCAGCUCGCAGACCCGCAGGUGCUGCAGCUGCUGUCCAGCGCCGCCCCCGGCGCCGCGCGGCGCGCGCUGGCCGCGCUGUGCAGCGGCAGCCGCCCGGUCGCUGACCUGGCGGCGGCGCUCGAAGAGCAGCUGGAGGGCGACCAAGGGGACGCCGAGGAGGAAGACGAUCAGGCGCGGCAGCUGAACGCGGGGAAGCUGGUCCCGCGGAUCCUGGUGACGCCCACGCGCGUCGCCUUCCUGCAGCCAGAGGUGGACCUGGCCAACAGGGUGCUGCGCAGCUUCUGCGCAGCUGCGGACGGGGGCGGGGCAGGCCAGCUCAGCACGUACGACCUUGCGCAGGUGCGCCGGCAGGGCAAGGUGCACUGGGCUCGCCCGCGCGUUGCAGGGACGGCCGCCAUCAACACACCUGCAAUGGGCGCAGCAGCCGCGGGGGUCGAGGCGAGCGCCUGCUUCGAGCGGGUGCAGAACGUCCUGUCAGAAGGCAUCCAGUUGUGCGGCCGCCACUACGUGUUCCUCGCCUACUCAUCGAGCCAGCUCAGAGACCACGCCGUCUGGAUGGUUUCCGCCGGCCCCGGCCAAAGCCGCGGCGCGUCCCAGGUGCUUGCGGCGAGGAUGCGCGGCUGGAUGGGGGACUUUAUGGAGAGCCAGCGCGUGCCCGCAAAGUGCGCGGCGCGGAUGGGGCAGUGCUUCAGCACCACGGUGGACGCGGCGGCGGUGGGCGGCGAGGAGCACAGCGUGGUCCCGGAUGUGGAGCAUGACGGAUACUGCUUCAGCGACGGCGUGGGGCGCAUCUCGCCGGGGCUGCUGUCCGAGGUCCUCCUGGAGAUGGAGCUCCCGCCAGAUGCGCCAAAGGUGUCUGCUGUGCAGGUGCGCUUCGGGGGUUGCAAGGGCAUGCUGUCGCUGCUGCCCUCCCUCCCCGGCCGCGCCCUCCAGACGCGCCCCUCAAUGACCAAGUUUGGCAGCACCCACUCGCGGCUGGAGGUGGUGGGCGUGGCCAGGCCGAUCCUGUGCUUCCUUAACCGCCAGCUCGUGCUGCUGCUGCAGCACAACGGCGUGCUGUCCCAGGUUUUCCUGGACAUGCAGGCCGCAUACCUGCGGCGCCUAGACGACCUGACAGCCAGCCCCUCGGCUGCAGUCCAGGCGCUGCCAACGCUGGGCGCCCUCGCCCCCGCUGCACUGGGGCCCAUGGUGGCGCUGCUGGCCGCCUGCAGGGACCGAGGGCUGCCAAUGGACCCGCUGAUGGGCAGCUGCCUGGCAGCUGUGGAGCGGCACCUGGUGGGCGGGUGGCUGCCCGGCUGCCGCCCGUGCACGCCGUGGCGCCUUGACCUUGAGACCAAGUGCCGCAUCCCGGUGGAGCAGGGGGUGACCCUGAUGGGCGUCCUUGAUGAGCUGGACCAGCUGGAGGAGGGCCAGGUGUUCGUGCAGGUCCAGGCCAACCGCGGCGCGGAGCCGCAGGUCAUCACAGGCCGCGUCGUCCUCGCCAAGCAUCCCGUCUGCCACCCCGGGGACGUGCGCGCCGUCGAGGCCGUGGCCGGCUCCAAGGAGCUUCGCGAGGCGUACACCAACGUGGUGGUGUUCUCGCAGCGCGGCGCGCGGCCGCUGACGUCGUGCCUCUCGGGGAGUGAUCUGGACGGGGACCUGUAUGCGGUUAUCUGGGACGAGCGGCUGCUGGGCAUAUGCAACCAGACGCCGAUGGACUACACUGCCCCCAAGCCGAUCGAGGUGCCCCAAGUGACGGUGCGGCACCUAGUGGACCACUUUGUGAACUCUGCGCGCACUGACAGCCUCGGGAUCAUCGCCAACACCUGGCUGGCGCACGCUGACAGGGGGGGUCCCGGCUGCCCAGAGUGCCUGCGCCUGGCAGAGCUCCACUCGAUCGCCGUCGACUUCCCAAAAUCGGGCGUGCCGGCAGAAAUGGAGCGCGAGCUGGUGGCCCACGAGCUGCCGCACUGGAUGGACAACCGCCGCAAGCCAUCCUACCACUCCGAAUCAGUCAUUGGGCGGAUGUACGACGCCGCCAAAGAGCACGCAGAGGCCUCGGGCCGCGGCAGCGGCAGGGGCGGCAAGCCCGCAAGCGGCAGUGGCCAGGGCGCGGCCAAAGGCGUGCAGGGGUGGCGGCGGCAGCAGGGGGCGUGGGAGGAGUGGGAGGCGGCGUGGCGGCGGGCGCUGCUGCCGCCGGAUGUGGCUGCUGGGAGCGCGGCGCACCUGGAGGCGGCGCACGCGGCGCUCAGCCGCUUCGAGGGCCGGCUGCUGUCGCUGAUGAACGAGUGGAGGGCCGCGGACGUGGGGCAGCUGCUGACCGGCUGCCUCCCCGCGCGCACGGCGCACCAGCGCCGCCGCCAGCACGACGCCCGCGAGCAGCUGAAGAGACAGGUGGCGCACCUGAUGGCGGGGGCGAGGCGGGAGUUUGUGCUGCAGCUUCUAGACGGCCCGGCAGGUGGGCAGGAGCCGCACUACGGCGGCGGCGGGGGCGCCGCGCUGCACGAUAUGUCGGGCCGAGAUCUGGAGGCGAAGCUGGAGAGGCGCUGGCCGCUGGCGCGGCGCGCCGGCGAGCGGCGCGCGCUUGCGGCGGCGUACUGGCGGGCGGCGGUUGGCGACGAGGACGGCGGGAGUGAGGAGGGCGGCCUAAGCGAGGGGGGUGAGGGCGUCAGGGGGUCAAGGGAGGAGGAGGAGGAGGUGGAGGGGGAGGGGGACGCCGUCGGCGGCGUGCGUGAGCGCAUGCGGCUUGCGCGGCUUGCAUUUGUGUGGGUGGUGGCGGCCGAGGUUUCUGAAAUGGUUUGA